AUGCCGCCCCUCACUCCGGCUCCCCUGAACAUCUCUCACCGCCACCUCUCCGCCAUGGACGACUCUCUUAUCUCCCCUGGAACGUCUGGGGUAAACGGAUUUGCACCUCAAAGCCCGCGGUCACCUCAAACGCCCCGGCUCUCCGCGCCUCCAUCCCCUGUCACCCCCCGCCAGAAUGCCUCCGCCAUGAACGGACCUCACCGCGAAUCCGGGGAUUUCUCCGCCGCUGCAGAGACCGGUGGAGGGGGGUUAGGAAACCUGGCCGACGAGCUUGCUGAUGCAUGGGAGCAGGAAGAAGACGGGUAUGGGUACGCAUCGGGCCAGGAAAACGGGCGAGCCGGGUCCCAGCAGCUGGAGCAAAGCGACGGGGAAGAUGCAUAUCUGCAGUCUGUCCGUGAGAUGCGCACCCAAUCCCCGUUUGCAGACCUCUCGCCUGAGCGUGGGGCUGCUCAUUCAUCCAGAAACAAGCUUCGAUCGGCCCAUCUGCGACACCGGCGACAAGAGUCCCACUAUGACGGCUCGGACUACGGGAAUGAUUCGGAUCUCGACGAGGCGGCCGACAUCCCGCCAGCGCUGGAGAGCCAGAUGGCCGAGAUCGAGAGCCUCGCGCGGCGGGGUAUGGAGAACAACGGGAGUGACAGCGACCAUGUCAUCCAACGAGCGGUGGAGGCACUCCGCGAUCUGGGUGGACAAAGUGGGAUUGAGAACAGUGCCAUGAGGCUCAUCACUGCUCAUUCCUCCAUCACCUCGCACCUCACACACCAAACCCGCACGCUCCAAUCCCUCAUCCACCCGCUCCUAUUCUCACCAUUCCCUCUUCUCUCCGAAGAUGCCAUUGACGAACUCAUGCCCCUCAUCGAUGAGGGCCUCCUGCCGAACCUCCCUUAUCCAUUUCCAGAACAACAACAGCGUCACGGCUCUCGCCCCACGACCCCAUCCCAAUCGUCCGCUCUCAGCCCGCUCGUUUCCCUACAAGCCCUCAUCUCCCAGACCACCGACAUCACCCACUCCCUCCGCAGUCUCAGCGACACCCUUUACGAAUCCCGGCAGCUGACCUCGACGGCAUCGCGGCGACUCCGGUCCGCCCGCGACCUCGUCACCGAUCUCCGGCGCGAGGAAGAAAGCCGCGAAGAAGGCUCGCGGUGGAUCGAGCGUGGUGAGUGGGACCGUCGGCUGCAAGACCGCGAGGCCGGCAAAGUCUGCGGGGAUGUGGUUAGUGGCUUCGAGGCCGUCUGCGGCGAGUGGCGCGAGAAGCUAUUUGGAGCUGGUGCCGAAGUGGCAGCCGCUUAG